CUAGUGAUCUCCUGCACGAGCAUUGCUUGAUACGGAAGAUUCAAUGAUUUUCCUUCAGUCACAAAAUUUUCUUGCAAUUAGUACCUAUGCACCAUAAUCUUUAGUCCGGGCCGACGGGAUUUAAUUGUUCCCUUCGCAUGACUGCUGUUGUGUAGUGUAGGUCAAAGUCAGUCUUUCACCCCAUCUUAUUAUUUACAUAAAUCAUCCCUCUGCCCUAUUCCUUCAUCUUGGCUUGUAUCAUUCAUUCCAUUGUAUUUCGAUCAAGAGCGUGGUCAAAAGUCUUCAGAAUGAAAGUAUCAGUUGCACUCAUCACCUCUUGUGCGGUUGCUCUUGUCAGAGGCCAAGCUGCCGCAUAUGCAAAGUGCGGUGGGCAGGAGUGGACAGGACCGACAACCUGCGUCACGGGAUAUACAUGUGUACAUUCAAAUGCAUUUUACUCUCAAUGUGUACCAGGAUCAGCAUCCACAACUCUUACUACAAGCACUAAACCUGCUACUACAUCAACUACAUUAGCUACUAAUAAGCCAGGCACGACUUCAAGCACAAGCACUACAGCUGCACCAGCGAGCACCGCUACAUCCAUAACUGGCUAUGCUAAAACUGCAGGGACUGUAUUUCAAAUCAAUGGGAAGAAAACAUACUUUGCAGGAACCAAUUGUUAUUGGUGCGGGUUCUUGACCAACAAUGCAGAUGUUGACUUGGUUAUGUCUCAUCUUGCUUCUUCUGGACUUAAAGUACUUCGCGUCUGGGGUUUCAAUGACGUCACAACAGCGCAAGGUUCUGGUAGCGUCUGGUAUCAAUCUUUCAUAGCAGGGCAAUCGCCAGUGAUCAACACCGGUGCCAAUGGUCUUCAACGUCUUGACUACGUCGUACAAUCGGCUCAAGCUCAUGGAAUAAGUCUUAUCAUCAAUUUCGUUAACAACUGGAAUGAUUACGGUGGAAUGCAAGCAUAUGCUACAUACUACGGUAUCUCCUUGACAGAUUGGUACACAAACGCAGCAGCUCAAGCCCAAUAUAAAGCAUAUAUUGCUGCAGUAGUAGCCCGCUACAAGACAAACACCGCAGUUUUUGCUUGGGAACUUGCCAAUGAACCUAGAUGUACUGGAUGUGCUACUUCAGUAAUCACAAAUUGGGCUACCAGCAUCUCUCAAUAUAUCAAAUCUCUCGACCCCAACCAUAUGGUAACAGUUGGAGACGAAGGAUUUGGUCUCACCGUUGCAAACGAUACAUCCUACCCUUUUACUUCGGGCCCUGGUACAUGGUUCACAGAUCUCCUGGCUAUUCCCACCAUCGAUUUCGCGACCAUUCAUCUUUACCCUGGUUCAUGGGGAGAAGUUGAUUCAUGGGGAUCUUCUUGGAUCUCGAGCCAUGCUAAUGUAACUGCUGCCGCUGGUAAACCAUUAGUAUUGGAAGAGUAUGGUUCACCUACGCAUCUGAAUGAGUUGCCAUGGCAAGGAACCGUCCUCGACACCGCAACUGCUGGAAGUAUGUACUGGCAAUACGGCGACACCCUUUCAACGGGAAAGACUUCAGAUGAUGGAAAUACGAUUUAUUAUGGAACAAGUGAAUAUACCACGUUGGUGACCAACCACGCCGCUGCAUUGAACGCAAAAGCGGUUCCAUAAAGUGGGAAUGGAGUUCUGAGAUAGAUUAAAGGAGAAGGAGAUGGAAGAAAAGUAAGGUGGGACUGUAAAUAGCUUUCCUAGCUGUAAAUAAAUUUCAUACACGGUCGUUACUCACAACAU